UGGAGUAUAUAGGCACAGUCGUACAAAAUAGACGCCUUAUAAGAAAGAGGCCUACUUAACAAUGAUUUCUUUAACAGCAAAAAUAAUUUUAAACCGCUCACAAACGAUUUCAAUUGAAAUGAUGACCAAACCUUACCAUCAUUUUUCUCAUUAGUGGACGAAAAAACGAGAACGGAGGAAGCUGAACGCUAUGAGUACGGCCCAGAACAUAACAAGUAUUACGGCAACAAGUUGGCUAACCUCAAGAGGAAAUUAGCAGCGGCAAAGUCACCCUCGACUUCGCCCAACUACGCCAGCAACAUGCGGAGCCGUAUGAGAAAUCUAUAUCGUCGCAUUCUGGCUUCGAACCCACACGGCGAGCAGUUCUUCGACAUGGAGAAUGAGUCCGGGAGGUGUUUGGUGUCGAAGAAGUACGAACCUCACGACCGAGUUGACGAUGUCGAUGAAAAAUGCGGCGAUCGGGCAGCACGAGCUAUAACGGGAAAACACCGAGAUAAAGGGAUAUAUAUUCCGACUGAGGCAAGUGUUGAAAACGAGGCAGCCUUUGAUAGUAUUAUACCUGAGGAUGUCAACAUCACCCCUCCACUUCCAGGAGAAGAUACGUCCAUACCAAUCGCCACAGUUGCAGUCGCCAACAGGCUCCAAACCAGCGGAAGUUGUCGUCAGUCUUCGAUGAUACCGUCGACGACAGCCAAACGACUUCCGACGCCAGUUAUCUCAAAUGAACUGCAAGACGACAAGGACUUAAGUUUGUGCUCGUCGAGCCCGCCUUGCAAUGAAGGCGAUAAGCCGAACGCGACGACGAAAACAGUACCAAAUAAUGAGAAAAUGUUGUCGAAAAGGAACACGGUGCCUAAAUCGAAGCUAAAGAAGACACGGCCAGCACGUUGCACCUUCGAUGAUCAAAGAAGCACUGGAAAACAGACUGUAAUAGCAGCCAUGAAAACAAGCGAUUUAUAUUCGCAUGUGCAGAAUCUCCCUGUGUUGAAGAAAGUGGCCGUCUAAACUGAUGAUAGUUUAUAUGUCUUAUACAAGAGCAACGUCAGUAUUGGAAAUAUUUCAAGGCCCAAUGAAGCCCCUGUUCCUACAUUAUUUGGGGAACAGAUAAUGCGUUAUAUACAGCUCAUGGCAUAUGAAAUGCAUAAAAUGUUGAUGGAAUAACACCAUGAACAAGAUGAAGAAAGUAAAUGGUCUCAGAGGUAAAAUGACUUGCCGACAAUGCCGGCGUCAAUGACGGUAAAACAUGUACGGCAGAGAAUAUUUGAAGAUAAUGGAUGUUGAUAAGAGCUCAUUCUAAAUAUUUUGGAAACAUGUUCUUUAGAUCACUACUACAAAUUUAUAUAAAAUUUAAAUGAGAGAUGCGAGGAUGAUAAGGGUUUAUUUCCUUUAAUUUUAGUUUCAUUUUGAUAGCAGCCACUUUCUUACUGAACACACCCCUGUUGUCGGUUUUUGACGGAAUCCGAUAAAGGAAACACGCCAUCUUGCGUCGAAUUUAACGAGUUCGACGUAGCUUCAUCCAGUGAGGCUCUGAUCUGUUCACUAUCUAAUAUGUUCAGAUCAGUGGGCUCAUCAUUCUGUAGUGAAAAUGAAUUCGAUGCUAUAUUAUCCAAAGAUUUUGACCUACAAAAUUGUUCGAUUUAUUAACUUUACAUAAUUUUAUCGACAUUUGACAAUUAGGUAAUGUAGGAAUUAAUAUUGCCCUCAUAGAUUUGAUAUUUGAAGGAAAGGUAAUAUAAUUGGGAACAAGCCAUGAAACAAAGGAUAACAAUACCCCCACUUGCCAUAACGUAAACUGACAAAAUAACUUCAAACGCAUCAAGGUACUAGUACAUAUCGAUAGAGAGUCUAAUAAAUUACUUCACUCAAUAUUACUCGUCCUUUGUUUUUUUCUUGUCACUGAUUUCAUGAUUAAGAAAAUACAAUAAAGGAAAAUGAUUAA